AUGCGUCAGGCCCAGCGUCCCCCCGAGGGAGCGCUGCGUGCCCCCGUCGUCAACCCCGCGGACAAGUACCAGGACAAGGCGGACAGCCUGCACAAGUACGGCCAGUACAUCAUGGCGUGCCUGCCGAAGCACGUGCAGCAGUUCUCCGUGUGGAAGGACGAGCUGGUGAUCUACGUGCCACCGACGGGCGUGAUCCCCGUGAUGAGCUUCCUCAAGUACCACACGGCGGCCGAAUACACGCAGAUCUCGGACAUUACCGCCGUCGACUUCCCGACCCGUGACCAGCGCUUCGAGGUCGUCUACAACCUGCUCAGCGUGCGCUAUAACUCGCGCAUCCGCGUCAAGACCUACGCCGACGAGGCCCGCCCCGUGCCCAGCGUCACCGGCCUGUUCGAGGGUGCCCUCUGGUACGAGCGCGAGGUCUACGACAUGUUCGGCGUCUUCUUCAGCGGCCACCCCGACCUGCGCCGCAUCAUGACCGACUACGGCUUCGACGGCCACCCGCUCCGCAAGGACUUCCCCCUCACUGGCUACACGGAGCUGCGGUACGACGAGGAGAAGAAGCGCAUUGUCAUUGAGCCGCUCGAGCUGACGCAGGCCUUCCGCAACUUCGAGGGCGGCACUGCUGCCUGGGAGCCGGUCGGCUUGGGUCAGGACCGGAAGCCUGAGUCGUACAUGCGUAAAUUCGUCUGCGGAGAUUCUCCAUCACCGGUCUUGGCGCGCCGCAUUUUAUUUUCUGCCGCACCCUGCUCCCCCAGCUCCCAUCCCAUCACCACCAACAAAAUGCCCAAGCGCAAGCUCUCCGACCUCGACUCGUCCAGCCACUACGGCCAGGGCCUCCAGCUCACCCGGCUGUUCGCCAAAUUCGACCACGGCGUGACCCUGCUCAGCCGCGCGCUCAAGACCGCCCGCGGCUUCGAGCGCCAGAAACUCGGCCGGCGCGAAAAGACCGCCAAAGCGGCCGGCAACAAUGAUACGCUGACGCGGCUGGCGGAGGAGGUGCAGGUGCUUAAGUCGCUCGAUCCCGCCCAAACCGCGCAGCGCUACCUCUUCAAACAGCUCGUCAAGACGAAACGCAUCGCCGAGGCGCCGGUUUUUGUGCAGUUCCGCGAAAAGAAGAAGCUUGCGCCGGAAGGGCCGCGGUCCACCGCCGAGGCGAACGUCACGGCGCGACUGUACAAAUCUACCCCCGUCAAGAACGUGUUUCCUGAUAUUAUGGCUGGGAUCAAGCAGUUGCUUGGUGUGGAUGAUAAACCGGCGGGCGGAAAGAAGCAAGCGGACGUGAGCGAGAAGAAGCGAGACGCUGCUGCAUCCACGAAUAAGCAGCCUGCCGCUGGCACAGGUGCAGCGGAGGUCUCGGGGGAAGACUCGUCGGAGGAGUGGGGAGGGAUCGAGAGCGGAAGCGACGCGGGGAGCGAGGACUUUUCGCAGUUCGACGGUCUAUUGGCGCCGGGUUCAGACGACGAAGAUGGGGACGAGGCAGCGAGCGAGGAUGCGUCCGACGGCGGCGUAGACCUGUCGGCUGCGGCCUCGAAUAUGUCCAUUUCGCGCUCUCCGUCGCCUGCAGCGCCGCCUCCGAAGAAACAAAAGGCCCAGGCCGCCGCUCCUGUCACCAGCACCACGUUCCUCCCGUCGCUGGCCGCGGGAUACUUCUCCGGGUCGGAGUCGGAGGGCGAGGACGCGGAGGCGGAACAGCCGCGGCGCAAGAACCGCAUGGGCCAGCAGGCUCGGCGCGCGCUGUGGGAGAAGAAGUACGGGUCGGGGGCCAACCACGUCAAGAAGCAAAAGGAGCAGGAGAAGCGGGAUCGCAGCAGCGGAUGGGAUCCCCGACGCGGUGCGGUGGACCCGGCUGAUGGCAAGAGAGGCCGAUGGGGUGGUGGACGGGGUGGUGGACGAGCAGCUGGCGGCGGUCGACAAGGUCAGGACCGUCAAGAUCGUGGAGGUCGUCCAGCACCUCCCAAGCCCCAGGAUAACAAGCCACUACAUCCGUCGUGGGAGGCGGCCAAGCGGGCCAAGGAGCAAAAGUCGAUGGCUUCGUUCCAGGGCAAAAAGGUGGUGUUCGAUUAG